GAGACACACACAUAUAUAGCUAGCUAGCAGGUCGACUCACAGAAAACAAAAAUAUCGAUCAUGACCGGAAACAAAAGAUCAUCAUCAGUUGUGAAAGCAGGAAAUGCACAGCCGAAGAAGAACUUGUGGAAGCCAGAGGAGGACUUGAUUCUCCGACAAUAUGUGGAAACUCAUGGUGAAGGCAACUGGGCAACUGUUUCCAAGCGAUCAGGUCUGAAGAGGGGAGGAAAGAGCUGUAGGCUAAGAUGGAAGAAUUACUUGAGACCUAACAUCAAACGUGGAGACAUGUCCCAAGAAGAGCAAGACCUCAUCAUCCGCAUGCACAAGCUUCUUGGCAAUCGAUGGUCACUGAUCGCGGGCCGACUUCCUGGCCGAACGGAUAAUGAAGUGAAGAACUACUGGAAUACCCAUUUGAACAAGAAUAUCAGCUGCUGCCCGGCAGCUGGAAGCAAAAGGAAAAGUACCACCAUCACUGACUACUCAAACGAUGGCAUCAAUAUCACUAAGAAAAAGAACAAAAUCGGCACGGGUAAGACUUCGAGCACUGGCACUACUACUACUGAUGAUCCGAUGAUCACCAGUAGUACUGAUCGAAUUCCAAAAGACACCAGUUCUGAUCAUCAGCAUCAGCAUCACAAGGAGCCGAAUAUUGAAUCAAUGUUUACUUCUACUAGUACAGAAGAGAGCUGGUUUUACGACGACAUGGACUUUGAAUCUCCAAGUGAGCUGCAGUACUACCAGUAUUACCUGCCCAGCUUCAGUUCAAACUUCAACGCAGCGUUUGCGUUUGAUGACGAGCCUUUCAUUGGAUAUAUGGACUCUCUUCUUUUAUUUGAUUAAAUAAGCACUUGUAUACUUUAGUGUGGCAGCUGCUAUAGGUAUUGUUAAGCCUCAUAAUAAUUUAGAGCUAGCUAGCCUCCUCUAGUAUCCAGUGCUUGUUUUUCUCUGCAGUUGAACAACUGACAAGGGUAGUGCUAUUUCCACACCCUUUUUUACCUCCCAACAUACCGUUGUUAAUUUUAUUAUUUUUGUUUG